UCUGUGCUUAAAUAUUAUUGUUUUUGAAUCUUAUGUCAUUUGUCUGGUGUGAUGUUAUGUAACUUUGAACUUAAAAUCUUAUAAAUAAACAUUUAAAAAAAAAAAAAAAAUCUUUAACUCAUGAUGCAAUUAAAUUGGUGCAGUUCAGUCACAGAUAAGCUGCUAAGUUGCUAAGCUUAUUGCGCUCUUACUCUCAAACUCUCACUCUUGAAAUAUUUCACCUCAGACAAACUUUGAUCUUUGUUUGAUGAGGAAGGAAUUAGCCCCUCCCCCCUCCUUCCUGGUAUAUAGAAAAGUCACUCCCAUUAAGUUUUGGUGUUUCCUGUUCCUGUUCUGUUCACAGAUCUGCAAGUUUACAGAUUAGUGUAACCAACAUGCUGUGCUGUGACACGCCAGUCACUGCAUGUUAGCAGCUGAAAUGAAAUAACUGCAGCUCAGCAGUGUUUUUCUUGUAAGACAAAAGUGAAACUAUUUCACAAUCACAUUCUCAGAGGUAAAAUGGCGCAGCGAGGAAUCCAGAUGAACCAGGACAAGCUCUGCUGUUCGAUCUGUUUGGAUCUCCUGAAGGAUCCAGUGACUAUUCCCUGUGGACACAACUACUGUAUGAACUGUAUUCAAAUCCACUGGGAUGAAGAGAAAACACACAGCUGUCCUCAGUGCAGACAGAUCUUCACACAGAGGCCUGCUCUGGGGAAAAACACCAUGUUAGCAGAGUUGUUGGAAGAGCUGGAAAAGACUGGACUCCAGGCUGCUUCUGCUGAUCACUGCUAUGCUGAACCUGAAGAUGUGACCUGUGAUGUCUGCACUGGGAGAAAGAUGAAAGCUGUCAAGUCCUGUCUGCAGUGUCUGGUCUCUUACUGUGAGCAACACCUUCAGCCUCACCAUGAAUCCCCUGCAUUUGAAAAACACAAGCUGGUUAAUCCAUCCAAAACGCUCAAAGAAAAUAUCUGUUCUCAUCAUGACGAGGUUAUGAAGAUUUUCUGCCGCACUGAUCAGCAGUGUAUCUGUUAUCUGUGCUCCAUGGAUGAACAUAAAGGUCACGACACAGUUUCAGCAGCAGCAGAAAGGAAAGAGAAACAGAGAGAACUUGGGGUGAGUCAGCAAAACAUCCAGCAGAGAAUUAAAGAAAAAGAGAAAGGCGUGAAGGUGCUUCAGCAGGAGGUGGAGGCAAUCAAUCAGUCUGCUGAUAAAGCUCUGAAGGACAGUGAAAAGAUCUUCACUGAUCUUAUCCAGCUCAUUUGGAAAAGAAGUUCUGAUGUGAAGCAGCAGAUCAGAUCAAAGCAGGAAAAAGAGGUGAGUCGAGUCAGAGAGCUUCAGGAGAAGCUGCAGCAGGAGCUCACUGAACUGAGGAGGAAAGGGACAGAGCUGGAAAAGCUGUCAUGCACACAAGAUCACGUCCACUUCCUACACAGUUACCCUCUUCUGUCAUCUCUAAGUGAAUCCACAAACUUGCCCAAUAUCCAUAUCCGCUCACUGUGUUACUUUGAUGAAGUAACAGCAGCUGUAUCAGAGCUCAGAAAGAAACUCGAGAAUAUUAUUAAACUCGAGUGGACCAAGAUCACACUUAAAGUGACCAAUGUGGAUUUUUUACUCCAACCGGAGCCAGAGCCCAAGACCAGAGCUGAAUUCUUGCAGUAUUCACAUCAAAUCACACUGGAUCUAAACACUGCCCACCCACAGCUGAUAUUAUCUGAAGGCAACAGAAAAGCUAGAUUGACAAUAAAAAAAACAGCUGUAUCCUGAUCAUCCAGACAGAUUCACUCAAGGACAGCAGGUUCUGAGCAGAGAGAGCCUGACUGGACAUUGCUACUGGGAGGUGGAGAUGGGACCAGCUAGUGCUACAGUUGCAGUCACAUACAAGGACAUUAGAAGAACAGGAGAUGAAAGUGAA